CAACACCGAGGACCAUGGUCCUUGUGCUAUGUUUCUCAUACACCAACAUCCCAAAAAAUCACUGCCUUGAAUGUGUGGUGAGAUUUUUGUGUCGGGCUAGAAACAAAUAGAUCUUUCAUGGACCCCUACACACAAAUGAGUGAGUGAAUUUUUGUGCAGAUGGAUACAAACAUUCAAGGCCCAACUUGCCAAACCAACUACCCACAUAUGCCGACCCAUUGUAGACCCUGGUUCACGUGCCUCUGCACUACUAUCUCUCCCUCUUCAUUUCCUUCCCCACACUACACCACACAAGCCAUGGAUUGCGAGCUCUAUAUAAACGCUUAACUUUUACUCAAUGCUGCAAAGUCCUUUCUGGUUUUCUAUAUUCUCCUACAUACAAGCUACACUCAUCUAUUCUCUACGCCCCAGCCGCCACGAUGAUCAACUCUAAGAAGCUCUUGGAGAUAAAACCCAAAUGGCAGAGCCGCUCCUCUCGAGGAAGACGACAACAAUCGGAUAAUGAACUGAAUGACUUAGUGGCCGAUGAGGGUCACUUUGUCAUCUAUACAAUAGACGGAGGCCGAUUCAUGAUCCCCCUGCCUUAUCUUAACCGUUCAAUCUUUAGAGAGUUACUAUUGAUGGCUGAAGAAGAGUUUGGGUUCACAGGACAUGGUCCUCUGAUGGUUCCUUGUGAGGCGCUUGUUUUGGAGUACAUAGUGUCCCUACUAAGGAGAAACCCCCCAGUGGAGGUGGAGAAGGCAUUGAUUUCAGUAACCUCAUGCAGAGCCUCUAUACCUCCUCAAACUGCCCCUGAUUUAGCAUUCUCCCAAGCUUUCGCGUUUGUUUAAUGGACAUUGAGCGCCAAAAAUUUACAUUUCCUUUUUAUUGGAAGGUUCAUCAGAGUGGCGUAAGCCCUCUGCUGUUAUGUACAUAU